UUUUCACAUUGGAUUGACGGUUUGAUAUUAGUCUUUUCUUUGGAUAAUCAGGAAAGUAUUGAAACGGUAUUUAAUUAUUAUGAACAAAUGGAUGCUUAUCGUAAUUUAGGCGAUAUUCCUAUUAUUUUAGUUGGAACACAGGAUUCAAUAAAUGAUGCAAAUCCACGAAUUAUUAGUGAACAAGAAGGUCGACAAAUGGCAAAAAGUAUUCCAAAAUGUACAGCUUAUUAUGAAACUUGUUCCACUUAUGGUCUUAACGUUGAACGAGUUUUUAAAGAUGGUUUGUUAUAUAUAUAUAUAUAUAGUCGAGUUUUUUUCUAG